CGCACAUCGCGGGCUGCCGGCCGAGGAGGGCCAGCGGGCCCCCCGUUCCCCCCGUCCGCGCCGAGCCCCGCAGCCGAGCCCGCAGCGAUGUGCCGGGGGAGGCACCGCUCCGCAGCCGCAGGAAGGCCAGCGCACCUCUCGCGUGGGGACACCGGCACCAUCAUAUAAAUGGCCUCAAAACGCUUCUCACAGUCUGCAGAGCCCGUGGUUUUGAACAAGCUACCUCGUCCAGAGCCCACCGCCAGCUUCCUGCCCAGCAAAAUCCCAGGCACAUCCAGCCCCGUGCCCCACUCUGGCUCUGAAAACCAUUUCAGCUACAAGGGCUCCUACUUUGCCUGCCCGCUGCAGAGCCCUGAGGGUCCCGAGCAGCCCCCGGCUGGCUGGAGCCCCGCACCCGCCUACCUGCACUACGGCUCCGGUGCCCUGAGCCAGCCCGUGCCGGCCGAGGGGCCACCACUGGGCUUCCUGCUGUACCCACCGGACAGCCCAGGCACCAGGCUGCAACCCCCGGACGCCCAGAAGAGCAAAGACAGCCUGAGCCAGGAGCAGCUGAUGGCCAGGAAGAAGCUGGACAGCCCUAGGUGCCCCUUGCCGGUGAAGAAGCUGGUGGCGGUGAAGAAGGCAGCCCCUCUAGCAGUCCCCAAGCCAGUGUACAGAACCCCCGCCUCCUUCCUGGCUCCCAGGAUGGCUCUGCUGCUGGGAACACAAGCAGAGAGUCUGCAGCAGCAACCAGGGGAGGCAAAGUGGACCCUGCCCCCCACCACCCACCCUCUGCACCCCAGCGAGCCCCACAGGAGGGAUCCCUGCUCUGAGCACAGCCUCCCACCACUGCCCUCCAGCCUGGCCCUGCCUUCCAAGGAGCAGCUGGGCUCCCCUGUCACCUUACCCCACUACUGUGUCACCUUGGAUAAAUACAGGCCGCCCCCCAGCACCCCGUUCCUGGAAGCAAGUUGUUCCUCUGCCCAGAGCCAGAUGAAGGUGCCGGAGGUCCCCAGCCUCAGUCUGGACCCCUGGCCCAAGCUCCAGCCACCUGAUGCCAGCCCAGUGACCUGGGAGCGGUCAGCAAUGUGCUACCCACCCCCCCCCUACCCACUGUCACCCCACAGAGCUGGUCCCCUCUACCACCCUCCAGCUCCCACAGUGGGGGAGCCCAGUGCCCUGCCUGCCUUUGGCUACGUGGGAAGCAGGGAGCCCUUUCCUGGCACCUACCUCAAGACCCAAGCCCCCAGGAGUUACUUUCCCAGCCCCCUGGAGCCCUACGUGCCGAGGACAGUGGGUGCCAGGCUGGGGGCAGUGCUGAGGGAUGCUGAGCUGCCCAGGGAUGCCGAGCUGCCCAGGAAUACCAGGUACCCAGGGUUUGCCGUCAGCCCGGGAGAUACAUCUGUGUUCCACGCCACCUUUCCCAGCGUGGAGCUGGGGUGUGAGCAGCACGGGGCAGACAGUCUGCAGUGGCCAGCAGCACCAAGGCACAGCAAUGCUUUCCAGCCUGUCUGCACCUCAGAGACACUUUCUGGGGGCUCUGGUGGGCUCCCUGAGACUUCUCCCAAAAGAGGAGGGAGCUGGGAAAAACCUGGGCAAGAGGAGGAGGAGCCCCUGUACCCAGGGAGGAGGAACAGCAGCCCGGCCCCUCAGGACACCUCCCGUGGGGGACCAGGGGAAGGAAAUGCCUACAAGGUCAAGGAUCCAGCCAAGGAGCUCAUCCGCCCUUCUCCAUGUGUGACCCCCACCAAGGGGCUGGAAGACCUGAGGGACACCAAGGCUUUGUCGUCCUCCCCACCUAUGCCUGUGAUCCACAACGUCUUCAGCCUGGCACCUUUCCAGGAGUACCUGGAGAGGGCCAAGGGCUCAGACCCCAUCCUGUUCUGCAGGAAGCAUCUAUGGGAGGACUCCUCACUCCAAAACACGGGUGGCAGCCAGGAGCCUGUUGCCCUCAGAGACGUCUCGGUGGUGUCCAGCCUGAGCUCGGGCAAUGGUGCAGUGCAGAGCCAAGGGGACAGCUGUUACAGGAGCAUCCCUAAAAAGCCAAAGCCUGUGCCCCAAGAGCUGGAGUCUCAGGAGGGCAGCCCUGACGAGGUGGGCACUGAGGAGCCGCCCCCUGAGGACAUGGUGCUGGACCUUAGCUUCAAGAAGAGACUGGCAGAAGCUGAGGACACCCAGAGACCCACAGGGUGUGAGGAGGGGACGCUGGACCGAGAGGAUAAGGAGGAGAAAGAGGCUGCAGGGGGCAAGGUGGAGUUGGGAGAGGGUGCACAGUCCCGGCUGCCUGAGGCAGACUCCGGGGACAGGAGCAGCUUCCAGAGCUCAGCCACCUUCAUGUUCCAAAAAUACAAGCUCCUGCCCUCCCUCCCGCCCAGCACUGAGCCCCCCCGGCAGGAUAGCAGCCCCCAUGCCCCCCAGCCCAGCCCCCCCAGCAGCACCCCCACGCCAGCUCACACAGCCUCCUCUCCAUCCAGCAUCGCUCCAUUGUCACUGCCUGGCCCCCAGCUCAGCAUCAUCCUUGGCCCAAACCUUCCCCAGGGCCUGCUUCCCAAAGCCCCUGCCACCCCGGGGGAGGAGAAGGUCUCGGUGGCCAGGCAGGUUGGUGGUGUCCGCACACAGACCCCCUCAGGGCAGUACUUCACCACCCUGCACACCUCGCUCUGUGACACCAUUUCGGGCUCGGUGUCCCGCUCCUCCCCAGAGCUCCUGCGGCAGUGGCUGGAGAUGGCUGAGCCGGCAGAAGAGCUGGGAGAGAUGCCUGAAUCCCUGCCCAAAAAUGGCUCCAAGACUCCCAAUCCUCAGAAGCCCAGCAAUGGCAAGGAGAUCUGGCUGGCUUUCCAGGAUGUGGCUGUGCUCCUCACCAACCUGCUCUCCCAGCUGAAGACCUUUAUGUUCGCUUGCCCUUUCCCCCAUGUUGUCCGGGCAGGAGCCAUCUUCAUCCCCAUCCACGUGGUGAAGGAGAAGCUCUUCCCGAAGCUGCCCGGGAACUUUGUGGACCAAGUGCUGCAGAAGCACAAGGUGGAGCUGCGUCCCACCACCCUCUCAGAGGAGAAGCACCUGAGGGACCUGGAGCUGAAGAGCUGCACCUCCCGCAUGCUGAAGCUCCUGGCGCUCAAGCAGCUUCCCGAAAUCUACCCCGACCUGCUCAACCUCCACUGGUACAACUCCAUCCAGCAGCAGCUCGGUAGCCCUGGCGUGGGGGCACUGAAAGCGGAUUGCAAAGCGACAGCCACGGACAGAUCAAGGAAAAGGAGACACUGA